GCAGUUGUCAUUUCUGAGAGUUUUGACAUAAUACGAUUAAGGGUCAUGUUAUGUAGUGUCCCGAACACGGCAUGAGUAAAAUUGUUGUUGUUUUCAAUACAAAUUAUAAAAUUGAGAUUGAGAGAAAAAACAAUAUGUCGGUUCAAGUUCCGGCAUAAGAACCGGUGUAUUUGUACCUCGGGAAAUGUGUUGUUUUCACAAACAGAAAAUCUUGCAUAUGUGCAUAUAACAACCAGAAGUUGUUCUAUUGGAGCAUUCAGGGAAGAAGAAUGCACCUGUCUAGAAUAAAAUUAUGUAUGUGUUUGCCGUGCCCAUAUGUGGAUGGUUGGCUUUUUUUAGAAUAGGUAAAGUUGGAAGCACUUGCGCUGUCAAUUUUGUAAAAGCGGCGCGUUUUGUCUGCACACAAAUUUUACAGUUUCAUUGGUAAAGAAAUAAUAUUUUUUGUGUAUUCUGAAUUAAACACAUAAAAGUGCUUGCACUAUGGAUUUUAAUACAUUACUGCAACAAGCCCAACGGCUUACAAAUGAAACACAGGACUCCGAAGAACUGCCUCGUGUCGAACGGACCAUAUCACAGGUGUUAGAGGCAACAGAGGAAUUGCAUUCUCGUGUGACACAGACUGGAGCACAAGAUAUACAAGCACAUAUAUUACUCGGUUCCAAGGGUAUCGAUCUACCUAAGUUAACGCAAAAAUUAGAAUCGCUCAACACACAAAAAACGUUCGAGCCUUUAGAUCCAAUUGCCGAUACUGAUAUACAAAGUUUUCUCAAAAAUGAGAAGGAAAAUGCAAUUUUAUCCAUUAUAGAAGAAGUCCAUAAAAGUUCGAACGAAGCUGCACAAAGACGAAGAUGGGAAAACAUCAAAGCUGAGUGGCGGCAAGAAAAAAUCAACAUAUUAAAUUCUUUAGUUGGACCAUCGCAAAAUUGGGUUGAUCUGCAAAAAGUGCCGGAGCAAUCAAUACUUUUAGAGAAUUCAAGCAUGCGUUCAAACUUGAACCGCACGGAAAUGGCGUACGCACGUGAGGUAUUCGAAUAUAAUUCGAUAAUUAUUAAAGGAGGCUGUCGUCCGAAUUUAGUACAGAUAUUUGCCAAAGUAGCGGGGAGUUUUGAAGAUCAAAAAGUGAAUGAAAUCUGGGAAAUUAUGAAGUAUAUGGUAAAUGUGUCUGCUAUUUCGCGUACGCGGGACCCUAUUCAAAGUCGCCUACAAAUACAUCAGUUUGUAGAUCAGGCUAAAAAAUAUCUAGAAAACAGAUAUAAGCUUUAUAUGACAACAAUCAUAAGUGGAAAUCUACGUGAAGCUCAGCGCGGUGGGGUACCCAGUACUUUUAAUCUUGUUUCUUCCUUUGUUGGCUUAACAUUCAAUCAAGGUAACUGGAUUGGCUUACAAGAUGCAACUAUCGAAGGAAAGCCUUUAUGGCCAAUGGUUUAUUAUUGUUUACGCUGUGGAGAUUUGCCAUCCGCUCUGCGGUGUAUGCAGCUUGGAGGUGCGGGACAUGAAGACUUUGUACAGGUGCUUGAAGAUAAAAUUAAUAAGCCUGAGCAGAAAAUCAAUUCCAAGCUGGAAGGUCAAUUAAAAUUGCACUAUUGUAAUAAAAUCAAGAAUUCCACAGAUCCAUAUAAGAAGGCUGUGUAUUGUAUAAUCGCUGGUUGCGAUGUAAAUGAGCAACACUCGGAAGUCGCCAAGACUACCGAUGACUUCUUAUGGAUUCAGUUGUCAAUUUUGCGUUCAGAUGUAUCUGCUGAUAAUACAGAAGUUUUGACAUACUCGGGCCUGCAGACUACGAUUUUGGAAAAAUACGGUGAAACAUAUUUUAAUGCUAACGAGCAACGUCAUCUUUAUUUCCAAGUAUUGGCUUUGACUGGACAAUUUGAAGCAGCUAUCGAAUUUCUGGCACGCACAGAACAAUAUCGCACACAUGCCGUUCAUAUUGCAUUGGCAUUGAACGAAAUGUGUUUAAUUGCAGGUCCACGUAAUGUACAAGAACCACUAUUGUCUGUUGACAUUGAAGAUCCUAUUCCAAUGCGUCGAUUAAAUAUGGCACGUUUGGUUAUGCUAUAUGCCAAAAAAUUUGAAAUCACUGACCCCGCAGAAGCACUCCAAUAUUUCUUUUUUCUACGCAAUCUUAAAGAUCCUGAAGGAUGUAAUUUGUUUUUGGUGUGCGUAAGGGAUUUAGCAAUUGAGUGCCGUAGCUACGACAUGUUAUUUGGAACGAUGCAGCCCAAUGGUAUAGUUUCAGGCGGUCUCUUUGAAAAAUUCGAAUGUGUUGAUUUUGAUACUCGUAAAGCUGCUAGCAUGGUAGCGCAGGAAUUGGUUCGGAAAGGCAUGUUCGAGGAUGCUAUCGCAUUGUUUGAUAUAGGAGGGUUACAAGGUCAGGUGAUUCGUUACAUUUGCGUUAUGUUGUCCCAAGUUGUACAGGAAGUUUCCAAGAAAGGCUCGUUACGUGAGAGGUUGGCAAUAAAGGCAGCAGAGUUCAGCAAUCGUAUACGCGGAAGUCACGUUGAUUGUGAUGGUCAAAUGCUGCACACUUUUAAUUUGCUUAACGAUUUGGUUACUUUCUUCGAUUAUUAUCAUGAGCAAAAUUAUCAAAUCGCAUUAGAAAUUUUAAGUAAGACCAAACUAGUGCCAAUGUCGAUGAAUGACCUUGAUGAAUGCAUCAACAACUUUAGGCGUUUAAGCGGUGAAAUAUGUAAAGUGUUUCCUGAUAUACUACUGGCUACAAUGGACAUUCUAUUCACACAAUAUAAGACUAUAAAAAAUAAGGAAAGCAAUAUGUUGGACUCCACUCGUGAUAAUCAAUUGCAUCAUCUACGACAGAGUGCGAAAGCAAUUACAAAUAUGGCGGCAACCGUCCCGUACCGCAUGCCCGGAGACACAAAUAAGCGUCUUAUUCAGACAGAAAUAAUGAUGCACUGA